AUGAGGUUGAAGAUGAAAACGGUGAAACAUACGUUGCAAGCAUGCCAUCCAAAUUCAGAAAAGCGAUAUGGAUCCGAAGGGGGCAGUUCGUUGUCUUGCGGCCUAUUGAAGAAGGUGACAAGAUGGCCUACUCGGUUUGAAGAACAGGCUCGAAUGAUGACAAGAGAUGCCAAACGAGGAGGAACAGGAGAAAACACUAUGAUUGACGACGAUAUGUUACCACCAACUGAUAGCGAUGAAUAUGAAAGCAAUGGAGAAGAGUCCACCGAUGGUGGUGAAGGCGAUAUUUCCGAUGGUGAUUCGGAUGAUAAUGGACCUGAUACGAAUUUGCAUCAGUACAACCCAAAUCGUGAUAAAGCGCCAACUAGCAUAUAA